AUGACUUUGACCUUUUACGUCCUUGCCGACAUUUCGACGAAGUUGUUGGCCGCCGCUCCUUCAGAUACAAUGCCUGUCGAAGAGCGCACGGCGAUGGAAGAGGUGCAGACGUUGUCCACUGCUGUUUCGCCGGAUACCAGCCCUGUUGACGAGUAUACUGUGACGGAAGAAGUUCAGAAGGUGCCCGCCGCUGCGGAAAGGGCAGCUGCGGAUAGGUUUGAAGACUGA